AUGACUUCUAACGAAUUAUCAAUCACUUUGCCAACCGGGAAAUCUACCAAAAUCUACACGGGUCUAUUCAUUAAUAAUGAAUUCGUCGAUGGAAUUGAUGGAAAACGGUUUGAAGUGAUUAACCCUUCAACAGGGAAACCAAUCACAACUGUUGCAGAAGCGUUUGCAAACGAUGUUGAUAAGGCAGUUGAAGCUGCUACUGAAGCAUUUAAUAAAGUAUGGAAAAAUGUCCAAGCAUCAGAACGUGGUCGCUUGCUUUAUAAAUUAGCCGAUUUGAUUGAACGUGACCGUGAAGAGAUCGCUGCUAUUGAAUCUCUUGACAACGGUAAAGCUUUUUCCAUCGCUAAAGCUAAUGAUCUCCAAACUGCCAUCGAUACCUACAGAUACUUUGCCGGUUUUGCUGAUAAAAUUCAUGGCAAGACAAUGGACAAUGAUCCUAUGAAAUUUAGUUACACGCGUCGUGAACCUUUUGGAGUUUGCGGUGCUAUUAUUCCAUGGAAUUUCCCUGUCGCAAUGCAAUCUUGGAAAUUGGCUCCGGCUCUAGCAUGUGGAAAUACGAUUAUAUUAAAAACUUCUGAAAAUACUCCAUUAAGUGCUUUAAAAGUUGCUUCUUUAGUUAAAGAAGCUGGUUUCCCAAAAGGCGUUGUAAACAUCAUAUCGGGAUACGGUAAAACUGCUGGUGUCGCUAUUGCAUCUCAUAUGAAAAUUCAUAAAAUUGCUUUUACUGGUUCUACCGCGGUCGGUAGACAAAUUCUAAAGACAUCCGCAGAUUCCAAUUUAAAGAGUGUCACGUUAGAAUUGGGAGGAAAAUCCCCAAAUAUUAUUUUAGCUGAUGCAAAUCUUGAAGAGGCAGUUAAAUGGUCACAUAUGGGAAUUUUUUAUAAUCAUGGUCAAUGUUGUGGCGCCGGUUCACGCAUUUAUGUACAAGAUUCCAUUUAUGAUAAAUUUUUGGAACAAUUUAAGGUUCUUUCUGAACACAUUAACCUUGGUGAUCCUUUUAAAGAAGACACUCAUCAAGGUCCUCAGAUUUCUCAAAUUCAAUUUGAUAGAAUUAUGUCUUAUGUUGAAGCUGGAAAAAAAGAAGGAGCAACUUUGUUGAUGGGCGGUGAAAGAUACGGUAAAGAAGGAUACUUUAUCAAACCAACCAUCUUCACAGAAGUGAAUGAAACGAUGACUAUCAUGCAAGACGAAAUUUUUGGUCCUGUGGCAGCAAUAGCGAAAUUUUCUACCGUUGAAGAAGUUAUUGAAAAGGCCAAUUCAUCCAGAUAUGGUUUAGCUGCUGCAGUCUUUACUCAAGAUAUUACACGUGCUAUGCAGAUAUCUAACGAGUUAAAUACUGGAACUGUUUGGGUGAAUUGUUACAAUAUAUAUGACCCUUACACUUCAUUCGGAGGAUACAAAGAAUCGGGGAUAGGCCGUGAAGGAGGAAAAUUCGCUCUUGAACAAUAUACUCAAGUCAAAUCUGUACACUCCAUUGAAAACAUCUCGCCUUUUGUAAUAAAGAGGAUCUCAAAGGAGUUGAAUGCUCUUAUAGCACAACCCCCAGAAGGAAUUAGAGUCAUAGUGAACGAAUUAGACGUCUGUGACGUUCAAGCUUGGAUCUUGGGACCUGAGAGUACACCGUAUGAAGGGGGACAUUUUAAAGUAAAGUUGGCUUUGGGCGCCGAUUUCCCUGCAGUACCACCAAAAUGUUAUUUCAUUACAAAAAUAUUUCAUCCUAAUGUAUCAAAAUGUGGAGAGGUUUGUGUUAAUACCCUAAAGAAAGAUUGGAACAAAGAUUCAGGAAUUGAACGUAUCUUGCUGACUGUCAAAUGUCUUUUGAUCGUUCCUAACCCUGAAUCAGCACUUAAUGAAGAAGCAGGCAAGCUUCUUUUAGAAAACUAUGAAGAUUACGCAAAACAUGCUCGAAUGAUGACAAAAAACCCGAAUUCUUCUAUGAAUUCGAAUGAUAAUCAAUUGUCGUCAAACAAUCCUACUGUGACACCAAAGAAAAGAGCUGGUGAUAAGAAAAUAGAUAAAAAACAAGCUGAUAAGAAACGUAGUUUGAAGAGGCUCUAA